UAAAACUUCACAUGACAACUUUUGCAGACGAAGUUUUAUGCAAAACCUACAUGUGACAACACUUUAAUCAGGUGAAUUGAGGGAGUGAGAGUCAGUAUGCUGGUUGUAGCGGGAUUUCUGUCGUUGUUUGCUGUUAUUUAUGCAGAUACUCCUGCAAACUGUACCUACGAGGACAUCCAAGGAAGAUGGAUGUUCCAAAUAGGAAGCAGAGGCCAUGAUAACACCAUCAAAUGUGACUCAGUAGCUUCAGUGGAAUCUACUGUGUAUGUGACUCUGAAGUUCCCUGAUAUUGCUGUAGAUGAUCAAGGAAACAUUGGCUUUUGGACUCUUAUCUACAAUCAGGGAUUUGAAGUUUCAAUUGAAGGAAGGAAAUACUUUGCCUUUUCCGCCUACAAAAAGGUGGAGAGAAAUAUCACGAGUCAGUGUGGGAAAACGUUGCCAGGGUGGACGCAUGGUGUACUGGAGAGAAAUUGGGCAUGCUUUCAGGGACAAAAAGUGACGCCUGUUCCCCCAAAGUACCACGUAGUGCCUGAAAGACACUCAGCUGAACUUCUUGGACAGUUGAAGUACCGAAUUGAUCAUGAUUUCAUCACUCAGAUCAACCAGAAACAGAAUUUGUGGAAAGCCACCACAUACAAGGAGAUGGAGGAUAUGACAUUAGAGGAUUUAGUGAGGAGAGCUGGAGGCAGGAAAUCGAAAAUCAUUGGGAUCCCAAAGCCAGCCUCAGCCAGUGAAAAAGUGAAAAGAAUUGCUGAAAAACUCCCCGAGACCUGGGAUUGGAGAGAUUCAGGAUUUGUUUCUCCUGUCAGAAACCAAGGUGGUUGUGGAAGUUGUUAUGCCUUCUCUUCUUUGGGGAUGAAUGAAGCUCGUUGGAGACUGAGAACCAAUAACACACAGCAACCAGUAUUCUCCACACAAGAUAUUGUGGAAUGUAGUGAAUAUUCUCAAGGAUGUGAAGGUGGGUUCCCAUACUUAAUUGGAGGGAAGUAUGCAGAGGACUUUGGACUUGUAGAUGAGAAAUGCAAUCCCUAUAAAGGAAAGGAUGGCAAAUGCUCCACCCAACAAAGCUGUCCUCGUCAGUAUUCCUACAGAUACCAGUAUGUCGGCGGAUUUUAUGGAGCGUGUAAUGAAGAACUAAUGAUGAUAAAUUUGGUGAAGAAUGGUCCAAUGGCAGUAUCAUUUGAAGUGUACAAUGACUUUAUGAGUUACAAAGGCGGUAUAUACGUCCAUACAGGACUGGAAGAGAAAUUCAAUCCUUUUGAGAUAACCAACCAUGCAGUGCUUCUGGUGGGUUACGGCGUGGACCCCGUCAGUAAGGUGAAGUUCUGGACAAUUAAAAAUUCCUGGGGAACAGAGUGGGGAGAGAAGGGAUACUUCCGAAUUAGGAGGGGCACUGAUGAGUGUUCCAUUGAAAGCAUUGCAGUGGAAUCAUUUCCUCUGUAUUAAGCACUAUACUGAGGGUCUUUUCUUACACUGGCUCUCUUACAGCUAAAGUUCUUCUAGUCCUCUAAACGUAUAAAUAUCAAUUGGUUAAAUUUCAUUUACUUGAGACACUUUUGAUGUAUUUUGAAAAUAUUGUGUUUUAAAGAAACAUAUCAAGUUCUACUGUUUUAAAAUUAGGUACAUGUAUAUGUUAAAUAGGAAAAGUUUUGUUUGGAACAAUUCUUGGAUUAAUCUGAUUUGUGAUACAGCUGUAAUACGCCAGUUUCAAGAUACAAACUCUUCUGUGUAGGAGGUGCAUUUAGUGGAACUUUGAAUGACUAAGUGGGACAGAGUGGGCCUACAGUCAGCGAGGAAGACGAUGAAAUGUAUUAAAAGCAUCUUCUCUUUUGAUAUGUAAAUGUGGGAAAUACAAAAUACUAUGGAUAGAAAUGUUUUACUAAAGUGAAAACAUAAAAACAAUGUCAUAUUUGCAAGUAAUAUCUUAGAUAUGGUACUUAUGACCAACGAAAUAACAUGAUAUGAUAAGAAUUCGAUGUAUUUAAUUAUUCACUAAAUACUGAUAACUUACUUAGUUUGUGCAUCGAAUUCGGGUGAUCAAACAGUGUAUGAGAAACUUACUGAGUACAUUCACUUACGCAGUGAUGAAUAUUAGUCCCACUCCCGCGUGUAAACAAAUUGUUUCGCGCCUCACUAUAUACGAGAGUUCUCCAAAGGGAAAUAACUCGGGUGUAUCUCGAAAGCGGCGUAUUCCAGUGUAUUUUUAUAAAACUGAUACCAACUUUUGCAUUCUGUUAAAAGAGGUCAUGUUUGCUGUCCUUAAUAUGAACAGUGCAAUUUUGGUUUGAUUGCAUUCUGUUGUAAUGUAUUUAAAGAUAUCAUGUCCAUUUUGUUUUAAGAUCAAAAGUAUCAUAUUGAAAGAUAUCACAUUCUUGUUGUUUAAAGAUCAAAGUGCUUCUGAUCCAUGUGCUUGACAAAUAUUGUCUCCCUUUGUUAUUAUCUACAUAACUAUCAAUUGUCAGCCAUUUUAAUUUGCUCACUUUUAUGAAUAUAAUCAAACUUAAUUUCAAAUUAAUGCCCCCCCCCCCACCCCCUUUUUUUUUUGGUAAUUUAUGAUUCAGUUUGAUGUACUAUAGAGUUUGAUAAAAUAUUUUACAUGAUUGUAUUCAUACAAUGUUGAUUGUUAAAUUUUUAUUACACAUUCUAAUUUAUGGAAAGGCUAUUUUUGUAUAAUAAAAAUGCACAUAUGUA